ACUCUUCAUUCACCUGUUUCCACUUCCCUUCAUCACUCCUGCAGUUUAUGAUCAGCCCACCGACACUCAGCCACUGCCACUACACUCGUUUGACCUCAAACCUGACUCUGGACCUGGACCUGGACCUGGACCUGGCCCUGGACCUGGACCUCUAACUGUGUGUUUACCUGUUGCCUGUUCCAGAGCUGCUCACCUGGGCCAACCUCUAAAUGUCCUGCGUCACUUUGCUUCUAUAUCCAGGUAGAACGACAUGAUGUGAGACGGUUUGUAAACGUGUGGAGCGAGCAUUGAGGCUGAACGCAGCCCCAUGUGCCCCUCUUGGAUCACUCCUCCCUGUUUGCAGCCUCUGAUGACAUCAUGCUUACAUCAUCAAGGUUAUCUUCUCAGACCUGACGCAGCCACAGAGCCACAGAGUUCUGUUCACACAGACUGAACCUCUCCUGUGACGUCAGCGCAGUGACCCUUUAAAAUAUAGGAACUGAGAGCUGCGAGACGUCGUGAGGCUGUAACCUGCUGUGAGCUGCUCUCUGCACAGGAACAGGAAGUGCUUCACCUUCAGCGACAUCACGUUUAGCUGUCUUUCAGUGUGAUGAUCAGACAGUCAGCAGGAAGACACCAUGGAGGUCACAGCGCUCUGCGUCACACUGAUGGUGAAUGUGCUGCUGCUGCUGCUCACUGAUGAAGGGCAGAGCAGCUCCAGUGUUCACAGAUCUGAUGCAUGUGUUCUUCACGUGGACCCAAACAGACUGCAGUUCUUUGAGUAUGACUCCAUCUCAUUCAAGUGUCGGGGGUUUCACGGCUCAUCAGAAUGGAGAGUGAUGAGAAAGGUUUCCUCAAAUGUUUCUCAGUGGGACUCUGGAUUCUUAAACAUCACACCUGCCUUUGAAACACACAGUGGAGAGUACUGGUGUGAAAAUGCAGAGGGAGACAGGAGCAACGCUGUCAACAUCACCGUCACUGCUGGUGAUGUGAUCCUGGAGAGUCCUGCUCUGCCUGUGAUGGAACGACAGGCCGUCACUCUGCGCUGCAGAAGAAAGAUGACAUCGUCCAGCUCUGCAGCUGACUUCUAUAGAGACGGCCUCUUCAGUAAGACUGGAUAUACGGGCCGGAUGACCAUCAGCAAUGUCUCCAGGUCCAAUGAAGGACUCUACAGGUGUCACAUCUCUGGAGCUGGAGGAUCAGCAGAGAGCUGGCUGGCUGUCACAGCACAUAUUGCUCCCUCACAUGAAGACACAACACCUCAGGAGGGUCAAGAGCCUCCUACUCCUCCUCCUCCUCCUCCUCAUCUUCCUCUGGACCCUGGCUCCAUUCAGCUCUCCGUCCUGUUGCCGGUUGUCUUCAGCAUUCUGUGUGUGUCUGUGCUGCUGUUGGUGGUGGGACUGCUUCAGUGUCGGAAACACAGAGCUGCCAUGUGCCAAUACUGGACAGUCAGGGGUUAAAACACUGUCUACUGAUGUUUCUCGUCCUGUUGCACAGCGGCUUGUUUUCCCUCUGAGGCGCCAACAACACAGUCAGACCCAGUGUAUGAACACGUCAGCGCAGAUGAUCCACGAACAGUGACGUACGCCAAAGUCACAAAACACAAGAAGAAAGGCUGUCCAGAGGCAAAUACUGUGAGUCAUGUGACGGAUGUGACGUAUGCUGUUGUCACACCAAAGAGGAAGGAGAGAGUCUGUGGAGAGGCAGCUGAAGCAAACAGAGCAACAUAUGCAGCCAUCAGACACCAGCGUCAGUGAGAGCAGAAACACCACCUGAAGGAUGGAGGAGAGACUCUGCCUCCGCUUGUUUAAUACGCGUUCAAGAUGGAGAAGAACAUCAAAUCUAUGUCAAAGUGUUCUUGCUCAUAAAUAUAGCUUUUUAUUUGCGCUCCGAAACACAGCCGCUCUGAAGCUGAUCAGAGCAGCUGAGACCUCAAAGACACUUUAAAGUGCUGUGGCCUCCUCUGCACAGGAACAGGA